GGCGGCGGCCGGCGGCUACCACCAGACAAAGAGGAGCUCCCACCGGCGACACCGCAGCUCAACAUAUGGAUAGCGGGAGCGACUCCGACGGUGCCCCCGAGGAGCUCACCGCCGUCCAGGGUGUCGAGAAGCAUGAAGAAAUCAGCAAGGUGGAGAAGGACAGCGCUGUCAGAGCAACAAAGGAGGAGAAAGACCGUAGGAAGCGCUGGGCCAAGCGGAAAACAUCCUCAAAACCUGAUAAAAAGAAGCCUCUCAAAGUAGAAGAUACAGAUGCGAAAGCCGAAGAAGAGGUUGAGGACGAGGAAACACAUGCUAUGCCUGGCACACUGCCCAAGAAUGUAAUUGAAAUGCUUGCAGCACGUGAGAAGCAAACCUUCUCAUCAGACUCCGAGGAAGAAAAUGUAAACCAGAAGGUUCAGAAAAAGAAGAAAAAAUUGAAAACUUCUGGACCUGAAACAAUUCUGCUCAAAGAUGUCCGGUCGACACAACACGUGAAGAACGCCCUCGACUUCCUGAAUCACAGGAAAAACCAGGUGCCAAGGUCCAAUGCAGUUUUGAAGAAUUCUCAUACUGCUAUGCGUCUCUUUAAAGCUAAUUUCAUGACAUGAGCGUGGUGGACCAAGUGGUUAUCUGAAUUAUGUGUCACAACUUGUCGGGAAGACUGAUAUGGUUGACAGCCUGAGCAAUGAAUCAUUUCAUGGUUUGAUGGGACCGAAUCUAGCAUGUGAGUUGCAAUGCUUCAUUUCCUUCGGCGUGAUGUGUAUUGUGCAUGCUAGAUGUAAGAAACCCUAUGCUCUGUAUGCACCCUGUGUUUUUAGCUUUAGCUAUGUACGGAUCAUAUGUAUCUCCUGUGAGAUUAAUACAUAUUUCUCAACACCACUA